UAGUUCCGUUACCAUCAGUUCAACUUCCGGGGAAAACAUUGUGCAUGAAGUAAAAAUCUGCUUGCAAAUUCAUUUGGCGAACUUUUCGGCCAACUUUACCUUGUAAAAUGUCUCGAGGCUCGAGUGCAGGGUUUGAUCGACACAUCACCAUCUUCUCUCCCGAAGGAAGGCUCUAUCAAGUCGAAUAUGCUUUCAAGGCCAUAAACCAAGGUGGACUCACAUCAGUAGCAAUCAGGGGGAAGGACUGCGCAAUCGUCGUAACACAGAAAAAAGUACCGGACAAGCUCCUGGAUGCAGGCACAGUGACGCACCUUUUCAGAAUAACAGACCAUAUUGGAUGCGUAAUGUCCGGGAUGACGGCUGACAGCAGGUCCCAAGUCCAGCGAGCUCGCUACGAGGCCGCCAACUGGCAGUACAAGUACGGUUACGAAAUUCCAGUGGACAUGCUGUGCAAGAGACUCGCUGACAUCUCACAAGUCUACACGCAGAACGCCGAGAUGCGACCACUGGGCUGCUGUAUGAUCAUGAUCGGCAUCGACGAUGAGCACGGGCCCCAGGUUUACAAAAACGACCCCGCAGGCUACUACUGCGGCUUCAAGGCCACCGCCUCCGGAGUGAAGCAGACAGAAGCCACCAGCUUCCUGGAGAAGAAAGUAAAAAAGAAGCUGGACUGGACCUUUGAGCAAACUAUUGAGACCGCAAUCUCUUGUCUGUCGACGGUUCUCUCCAUCGACUUCAAGCCCUCUGAGCUGGAGGUGGGAGUUGUCACAUUACAGGACCCCAAGUUCAGGAUUCUGACGGAGGGGGAGGUGGACGUCCACCUGAUGGCCCUGGCCGAGCGGGACUGAGCGAGCAGAGACACGUCCCCUGUUGGAUUAAGUUAGAGCAUGAUGGGAUAUACAGUUCCCAGAUGGAGGCUAUCUUUGUUUGCUGUACAUUUACCCCCCACUGUUUCAUUCAACAAUAAAAAAAAGUUUUUCGAGUAA